AUGGAGAGCCUGGACGAGGCUCCUGGGAGUGAAACCGCGAGACAGAACAACAACCCCUGGGAGCGAGAAAAUCGAUCAGAGAUAUGCCACAAUAAGAGCCUACUGCUCGGUGAUCCAGUGAAACCAUGCCAACAGACCCGCAUAAUUGUCAAAGAGUGGCUGUUGAAGCUGAUGUGCUGUUUAGGAACAGUGUGUGGGAUGAAGUGGUACGGUUAUGCUGCUCUGGGCAUUUUGACCGCCAUCCUCAGCUUCCUCAUGGAUCUCAGUGUAACAAAAAUGCUAAGAGCUCACCAGUGGCUUUAUACGAAGCUUGAGGGCAACAGUCUGCUGCAGUUUUUCUGUUGGACUCUUUACCCAGCAUGCCUCUGUGCGGUCUCAUCAUCGUUCUCCCACAACAUCUGUCCCUUCUCCACAGGCUCAGGGAUACCAGAGGUGAGAACCAUGCUGGCUGGUUUUGAAAUGCCUCAUUACUUGUCUCUCACUAAUAUGUUUACCAAGUUCCUGGGCCUUAUCUGUACACUGGCAGCCGGCAGCACUGUUUUCCUGGGCAAAGUGGGUCCGUUUGUGCAUCUUUCCACCAUGAUUGGAGCCUACCUGAGCAACCUCUGCACACUUAUACAAUCCACUAAGAAGGAAAGAGCUGCUGGAGAAAUGCUGGUUGUAGCUGCUGCAGUCGGGGUAGCCAGCUGCUUCGGCGCUCCCAUCAGCGGCGUGUUGUUCAGUGUGGAGGUGAUGUGUUGUCACUUUGCCUUGAGGCAUUACUGCCCGUGUUUUUUCUCAGCAGCCUGUGGGGCGUUGACCUUCCGCCUGCUCUCAGUGUGGAGUGGAGAUGCAGAGACUCUUCAGGCAUUGUUCAAAACUAAUUUCCCCACAGCUGUACCUUUCUAUCCGCUGGAGAUUCUGCUGUUUGCUUUUCUGGGGCUGCUGUGUGGAGCUGCAAGCUGUUGCUAUCUCUUCUUCCAUCGGCGGAUCCUCCGUUUCAUCAAAACAAACUCAAUCUGUAUCAAGAUGCUGACGACAGAGAAAGGCUUAUACUCAGGCAUGGUGGCCUUCCUCCUGGCAUGUUUGACGUUUCCUCCCUCUGUUGGUCGAUAUAUGGUUUCUAAGUACACCAUGAAGCAACUCCUCACCGCUUUACUGGAUAGUACGCAGUGGACCUCUCAAUCCCACAAUGCCUCUGUUGAGCCUUUGUUGGAGUGGAGCUCAUCAGGGAGUCCUGUCUACCUUUCUUUGGCUGUCUUUCUGCUCAUGAAGUUGUGGAUGCUAGUCCUCGCCUGCACUCUGCCUCUGCCAGCUGGAUACUUUAUGCCAGUGUUUAUCUAUGGGGCAGCUUUGGGGCGUUUGCUUGGAGAAGGGGUAGCUUUCACAGGAGUGACCUCAGGCCAGCAGUGGGCUUCUAUAAAUCCUGGAGGCUACGCACUGGCAGGUGCGGCAGCCUUCUCCGGGGCUGUGACACACACCUUGUCCCCAGCUCUCCUGGCUGUAGAGUUAACUGGUCAGUUCAGCCAUGCUGUACCUAUCCUCCUCGCCACUCUGCUGGCCAAUGCUGUGGCUCGCUCAGGGCACCGCCCAUCUUUCUAUGACGCACUCUCUAUCAGUAAGAAGCUCCCACACCUGCCCUCUCUGAUGAAGGCGUGCCCUCGGCUUCCCUCCACACUAGUCGGACAGGUUUUAGGAGUGAAAUCAGUUCAGCUUCAGAAAGCAGCUGGGCCAGAGGAGGUUCAACACGCUGUCAACACCAGCACGGAGACACAAAUCCCUGUGGUGGACUCACAUGAGUCGCAGAUUUUACUGGGGUUUGUCCUCCGAUCAGAGUUGCUGAUGUUCCUGCGUCACUGUGAGACUCAGAGUCUGGAUAAACAUAUGGAUGAUGUCUGCUCCAUUUACCCGACCUCAGUCCUGUUGUCACCUCACAACACCAUUCAGGAGGUCCACAGUAUCCUGAGUCUCGUUGAGGCCCAGACUUUGUAUGUGGCAGACAGGGGAAGGCUCGUCGGGCUCAUCACAUGGCAAGAGAUGAAGAGAAUAAUAGAGGACUUGGCCAAAGAAAUCUAGGCACUGGAAAUAAGCACCUCCCUUGACUUUUUUUUUUUUAACAAACAUCUCUGCUGGUUCGCUCUAACACAAGCCUGGCUCUAUUAAUGACCUCGCUACUUCUUUUCCCAGGCGUAACAAAAUUUCAUCAUGUCAUUAACAAGAGGCUCCAUUUGAUAAACAUUCAUCAGAACUUAUUGUCUUGCCUCUUAUUGUAAUUACAGCAUCUCAUGCACUGAGGAGAUUAUGCACUCAUCUCAUUCAUUGAUCUGCUCUUUGUGACACAGUAUUAUUAAACGUGCGUCUCCAUUAUCCAGUGGGGGUGAGAACAAAAGCCUGUAAAACAGUUUGUACACCAAUUUACUCAACGUAACCCUGCUGCUGUGUUUAUGAGAUUAAAAACUAAACUCCUC